GUUUCCAGCGAAAGGGUGAGCGCAGCCAAAGCGGAAAUAGCGUCAGGCGCGUGGGCGGAGCUAAGCGCAGACAUGUCGGCGGCCCUGUUGCGGCGGGGUCUGGAACUGCUGGGGGCGUCGGAGGCCCCCCAGGCCGCACCAAGCCAGGCCAAGCCGAGCGGGGCUCGGGUGAAGCGGGCCCGGAAGGCGAAGGCGACCCAGGCCCGGAAACUGCGGAACUCGGCCAAGGGAAAAGUGCCCAAGUCGGCGCUGGCCGAGUUCCAGAAGCGAGAAUGUCAGGACCACCUCAAAACAAACCUGAAGUUCAUGACCUGUGCAAGAAGCACCGUGGCUGAGGCUGUCACCCAGCAGGUUGGCCAGGGGAUGGGCCGCGGGAAGGGACCUGAGGGACCGUGGCUGAGGCUGUCACCCAGCAGGUUGGCCAGGUGGAUCGUGGCUGAGGCUGUCACCCAGCAGAUUCUGCUCCAGAACCAGGGUCGUAAGGCCUGUGACCGGCCUGUGGCCAAGACGAAGAAGAAGAAGGUUGAGGGCACCGUGUUCACUGAGGAGGACUUCCAGAAGUUCCAGCAGGAGUACUUCGGUAGCUAGGCCCCAGGAGAGUAAAGCUUUUGGGGAGAUGCUGGGGGCCCGGCCUCCCCUAGGACCAAGCCAUGCACAGCAUGGCCAGCAGAUGGCGCUGCAGGGACAGCCUGGCUUAGGGAAGACCCGGAGCAGGAGCCUGGUGGAGGUUGGAAAAGACCUGGUGAGCUGGAAAACCCUGGAGAGGAUUUACACUCAGCCCGGAACUGACUGCUGAAAGCUUGGGAGAACCCGUUGCACCUGCCAGAAGGGAACAUUUCCGACUGCUUUGUUUGCUUGUGCUCAGGGAGGGCUGUUUGCUGUGGAACAAGGCCAGUUACUGGGCCCUCAGGGGCUACGCCCCAGGAAUAGAAGGAGGGCUGCUGUGUGGUCUCCUGGGUUCUAAUAAACACAGACCCAAGAA